GGAGCAGGGCUCUGUGUGCGCAGCUGAAGCGAGGUUUCCGCGGUGAAGUAGACGAAUAGAGAGCGAAGAACAAACGGAACGGAGAUAUGAACGGUUUUCUCGUCCCGUUCUCGCUUUAAUCUUGACAAAUGUGAGCUAGACAACUUGACAUUUUCAUCUAAGUUUUUGGACGUAACGUGUCGCCUAUUUUGGAGUGCUUUGUUGUUUUCAGAGUUUAAAGAAAGGUCGAACGCGCCGCGCUACAACUGCAGGCAGCGUUGGAUUAUUCCCGUGGCGGAAUAUUUUGGUGGACAGUCACAGUCCGACACAUUGCGCACGGGAUAUUCAAAACAUUUAGAAGUUGCGAUUGGUGUCUCAUUUCGCCGUGACUUUUAGGUAUGCCUGUGGUUGUCAGCGUGACUCCGGACAGGUAACCGGGUGUGUUGCUGGUGCCAUGGCAACCCCAGAGCUGCGUCUGUUGCCUGUCAUCGUGGUUACCAUCGUCCUGGUGGCGUUGUCGGCUGCGGAUGACCACGAGUGGCACUUUAAACCAGCUCAGUGUCGUUAUGCCCUGGGGAUGGAGGAUGGCACCAUCCCUGACUCUGACAUCACGGCUUCCAGCGCCUGGUCAGACUCUACUGAGGCCAAACACGGCAGGUUGAGUACAGGAGAGGGAGAUGGUGCGUGGUGUCCUGCAGGAGCAGUGUUCCCCAGUGCUUCAGAGUACCUCCAGGUGGACCUGCGCUCACUGCACUUCCUGGCUCUGGUGGGUACCCAGGGUCGCCAUGCCGACGGGCACGGCCGGGAGUUUGCCCGCAGCUACCGGCUCCGUUACUCCCGAGACGGACGCACCUGGAUCACCUGGAAGGACCGCUGGGGGCAGGAGGUGGUGUCUGGGAAUGAGAACACCUAUGAUGUGGUUCUGAAGGACCUGGGUCCACCCAUUGUUGCCCGCUAUGUCCGCUUUUACCCCCUGGCAGACCGGGUCAUGAGCGUCUGUCUACGAGUGGAGCUCUAUGGCUGUCUGUGGAACGAUGGCCUGUUGGUGUACACAGCUCCAGUGGGUCAUGUGAUGCACCUGUCUGGCUCACCUGUGUACCUGAACGAUUCCACCUACGAUGGCAGCGUAGAGUCAGGGGUUCAGUUCGGAGGCCUGGGCCAGCUGUUUGACGGUGUGUUAGGAGGGAAUGACUUCACAGAGACCAAGGAGCUGAGGGUGUGGCCGGGGUAUGACUACCUGGGCUGGAGCAGAGAGGCUCUCGGGCAGGGCAGUGUUGACAUAGAGUUCCACUUCGAAAAGACACGCAGCUUCCACACCAUGCAAGUCCACAGUAAUAACCGUCACACCCAGGGUGUGAGGGUCUUCAGUAAGGUAGAUUGUCAGUUUAAACCUGGCGUCUUACUCCCCUGGUCCUCGCCCCCCCUCUCCCUGGCUGUACCUCUAGAGGACCUGAAGGACCCCUCCUCACGCCCCAUCUCCCUUCCCCUGGGGGGUCGCCCCGCCCAGAUCUUACGCUGCCAGUUUGCCUUCGCAGACCGAUGGAUGCUCAUCUCUGAGAUCUCCUUCUACUCCGAGCCGUACGGGGAGGGUGUCGACCCCAUGGACACGGGCUCUGCUCUUCCUGCUCCUCCGGUCUCCUCCGCUACUCCUCGUCCUCCUGUCUUCCCCUCUCCGUCAGCCCCGCCCUCAACCACAACUCCUCCAACUUCACUAGUGUUCCCUCAGCCGCUGGCCUCAGUCCAACCUCACACAACCGCCGUCUACACUGCAGCUUUGUCUGGCAACAUGGUCGUCUACACUGCAGCUUUGUCUGGCAACAUGGUCGUCUACACUGCAGCGUUGUCUGGCAACAUGGUCGUCUACACUGCAGCUUUGUCUGGCAACAUGGUCGUCUACACUGCAGCUUUGUCUGGCAACAUGGUCGUCUACACUGCAGCUUUGUCUGGCAACAUGGUCGUCUACACUGCAGCGUUGUCUGGCAACGUGGCCGUCUACACUGCAGCUUUGUCUGGCAACAUGGCCGUCUACACUGCAGCUUUGUCUGGCAACGUGGUCGUCUACACUGCAGCUUUGUCGGGCAACGUGGUCGUCUACACUGCAGCUUUGUCUGGCAACGUGGUCGUCUACACUGCAGCUUUGUCGGGCAACGUGGUCGUCUACACUGCAGCUUUGUCUGGCAACGUGGUCGUCUACACUGCAGCUUUGUCGGGCAACGUGGUCGUCUACACUGCAGCUUUGUCGGGCAACGUGGUCGUCUACACUGCAGCUUUGUCGGGCAACGUGGUCGUCUACACUGCAGCUUUGUCUGGCAACGUGGUCGUCUACACUGCAGCUUUGUCUGGCAACGUGGUCGUCUACACUGCAGCGUUGUCUGGCAACGUGGCCGUCUACACUGCAGCGUUGUCUGGCAACGUGGUCGUCUACACUGCAGCGUUGUCUGGCAACGUGGUCGUCUACACUGCAGCGUUGUCUGGCAACGUGGACGUCUACACUGCAGCGUUGUCUGGCAACGUGGUCGUCUACACUGCAGCGUUGUCUGGCAACGUGGUCGUCUACACUGCAGCGUUGUCUGGCAACGUGGUCGUCUACACUGCAGCGUUGUCUGGCAACGUGGUCGUCUACACUGCAGCGUUGUCUGGCAACGUGGCCGUCUACACUGCAGCGUUGUCUGGCAACGUGGCCGUCUACACUGCAGCGUUGUCUGGCAACGUGGCCGUCUACACUGCAGCGUUGUCUGGCAACAUGGCCGUCUACACUGCAGCGUUGUCUGGCAACAUGGCCGUCUACAGAAUAAUCAUCUUUAUUGUCCACGUGGAGUUGGACAUCUCAUAUGCUACAUAUCAUCACUCUCAUGCUUUUCAGUACCUUGAGAGGAACUCUCUCUUCUCCUCUGUCUUAUCACUCCUUCCAUCCCUCGUUCCUCCAGAACCCCCCACCACCAACCCCAUGAUGGACAGCACGGGUAACAGCACACUGUCAGGGGCCGACUUCGAUGCUGUGACCCCAGGGGCGGGCCUUCCUGUCGCCAAGGAUGACAGCAGCAACACAGCCAUCCUGAUUGGCUGCCUGGUGGGCAUCAUCCUGCUGCUAUUGACUGUGAUCGCUGUCAUUCUGUGGAGGCAAUACUGGAAGAAGAUACUGGGCAAGGCCCAGGGCAGUCUGUCCAGUGACGAGUUGCGUGUCCAUCUAUCCGUCCCCUCGGACAACGUGGUGAUCAACAACACACACAGCUACUCCAGCCGCUACCAGCGUAUACACACUUUCCCUGACGACAGGGAGCGCUGCGACGGAGAGGGAGAGUACCAGGAGCCCAGCGCACUGCUCCGACCACUAGGACAAGACGGCACCGGACGAGACAGCACCGCCUUGCUGUUAAACAACCCAGCCUAUGACCUCCUCCUGUCAGAUCAGAGGCAGCAUGGCUCAGGCUCCUCGUGGCCCCUAACCGUCCCUAUGGCCCGGGCCAGCUCCUCUCACCCUCAGGAGAAGAGCCUCAAUAAUGGGGCCCAGGGCUGUGGUAUGGACUUGGAGAAGGGCUUGCCCCCCACCCAGGAGGAGCCUCCCCCGUACCCCGAUGCCCCUCCCUACCCGGCCCUGUCUCCCCCCUUCCCCGCCAGCGUGCCCCACUAUGCAGAGGCGGACAUUGUUAGCCUGCAGGGCGUCAGUGGUAACAACACGUAUGCAGUGCCAGCCCUGACCUCCCCCAGCCCCACUGCAGCAGACUGCACCCCCCUGCCUGAACUGCCCCGACACUGUCUGGUUUUCAAGGAGAAACUGGGAGAAGGACAGUUUGGAGAGGUGCACCUGUGUGAGAUAGAGAGCCCUCAGGAACUGCCUAACCUGGAGUUCCCUUUCAACGUGAGGAAAGGCCGCCCUCUGCUGGUGGCUGUUAAGAUACUGCGUCCUGACGCCUCCAAGAACGCCAGGAAUGACUUCCUAAAGGAGGGGAAGAUUCUGUCUCGUCUGAAGGACCCCAACAUCAUCCGUCUGUUGGGAGUGUGUGUGAGCAGCGACCCUCUCUGUAUGGUCACAGAGUACAUGGAGAGUGGAGACCUCAACCAGUACCUCUCACACAGAGUCCUGCUGGACAAGACCGGACCCACACACAACACCCCCACCAUCAGUUACCCUGCUCUGAUCGCCAUGGCCAGUCAGAUAGCUUCAGGGAUGAAGUUUCUGUCGUCUCUGAACUUUGUGCACCGUGACCUGGCCACAAGAAACUGCCUUGUGGGGGGUGAGAAGGGCGAGAGCGGGGGCGACCGGGGCGGGGAGCGACCCAUCAAGAUCGCCGACUUUGGGAUGAGCAGAAACCUGUAUGCUGGAGACUACUACCGCAUCCAGGGGCGGGCCGUGCUGCCUAUACGAUGGAUGGCCUGGGAGUGUAUACUGAUGGGGAAGUUCACCACAGCCAGUGACGUGUGGGCGUUUGGUGUGACUCUGUGGGAGAUGCUGAGUGUGUGUCAGGAGCAACCUUACUCCAACCUGACUGAUGAACAGGUCAUAGACAACGCCGGAGAGUUCUUCAGGGACCACGGAAGACAGGUGUAUCUGAGCAGGCCAGAUGUGUGUCCUCAGGGUCUCUAUGACCUCAUGCUGAGCUGCUGGAACCGGGACUGCAAGCUCCGCCCAUCAUUUGCCCACAUUCACUCCUUCCUCACAGAGGAUGCCAUGAACAUGGUGUAGAGAGAGAGAGGAAUGGAAGAGUGAGAUGGAGAGAGGGGGAUGAGAGACGGCUCCUCCAACCUUCAUUCCGCCAUUCAUCGUAGAGAUGAGUGCUUUGAGCGAGGGAUGUGUGUAGAAGUGGUGGAGGUGUAGAGGGAGAGGUGUGCAGUAGAGGGACGGGUGCCUGCUUGUAUAUUUUGUAUUUCUCAAUGAUGGGCGGAUGGGGCUGAGACACCGCUGGUUCGGUUUUUCAUCCCACGAGACAGACCCCAACCCACACCCCUUUACCCCCCCCCCCCCCCCCCCCCCCCCCCUGAGUAGUCUCUAGAACGUCUUGAUAAGAAUGUAACACAACACAAUGGAUGGUGCGGUGGUGGGUUGGUGUCUGAUUCUGCAUAGUGCUUCCAGGACCACCGAUGGUCUGUCAAUGGUCUGCUAGCGAACACAGGGAAGCUGUAAGACGUAUGGGGAGGAGAUGUGACAAUGCUUGGUAAUGUAGAUGAAGCUAAAAUGAAUUUGUAACGCUGAAUAAUGUUUCUCAAAGAAUAUCAACAAUACCAAUCUGAUUAUGCAUCAAUGUCAGACAUUAAUACUCUGAAAUGUGAUCAUAGUUUAAUAGCAUAUUAACAUUUUGGGAUAAACUUAUCACAUCAUCCUAUAUAGAUAUUUUAUUACUUGACCUGCUAAUGUUUUUGGUAUUUGUAUAAAUCAUGUGCUAGGGUUACUGGUGAAGGUCUAUAUAUAUUCUCAUACUGUCAACAUUUCUCCAUCUCAAAACGGUACACACACAUUUUUCACACAGAGGUGAAAUUGCACACAAGGUUCUGUCUUACUGUCUUAGUACUAUAUAUGUCCCAGUAUAUUUCACUAGUUAUCAGUAUAUAACCCAGUUCUUCCCAGCCCCAAACCCUCCCUCCCAGACCCCAGUCUAAGGUUGUCUCUAGUCUCAUGGAACCAGACGAGUGUGGCUGAAUAUUGCAUUAUAUUCCUCUGGCCUAAUGAUGGUAUCUCAUACACAGGCCAGUAGCAGACACAGCAACAGCUGUUCCACCAGCAGUCUGUAACACCAGGCAUUAGACACACACACACAAUGCUGUCAGUCAGUCAGCUGCUCAGCCCAGACUAGGCUGGCGUUGUGACUAUAUUCUGCCUCCCUCUCCACCCAACUCAGUAUCUCACCACACCGCCUUUCAUUCUGCAGUCUCACUCAUAUCUCUCACAACUGAUCCACUCUGAGCUGUAACUAUGGAGUUAUACUGGACUGAUGUGAACUGAUCUGGACUCGAUGACUCUUUCCAGGACAGGAAGUGUGUGGUUGUUACUCUACCAGACCUCCAAACUGAAACCCUUUGGACUUCCGGAGCCAGAGAGAACUGACUGGUGUCACGUGACGUGAGCCUCACUGCCUGAGAGAACAGGUACAGUAGGGGAGGUGCACUGUGAACGGCUACAACCAAUGAGAUUUGAACUUAACAGAACAGAGACAUCCUUCCUUAUGGGAGCUGGAAUAGUAUAGCCCACAGCAACACACACUAAAAGACAGACAACACUGUCUGUGCUGUGACAUCACAUGUGAAACUGACAGUUGUGAUUGGUUACUAGCUGAUGGAACAGCAUAACACAGAUGGACAGAUGGAUUGACGACUAGACGGGAGUGGGGGCUGAUCUAUGUAAAUGACAAUUUUCAUGUGUAAGUGAGGUGAGCGAUGUGAUUUUCUACCAGCGAUGGAUAGCGGAGCUGGGUCUGACUCCGUGACCCAGAUGCAGAAAGGAGGUUCAUGUAUAUGUCCAAUACACUACCAGCUGCACUUUAAAGGCUGUUUCUGGCCGCACGCCCCAAUACCUGCACAGUCUUGGCCAGUCUUGGGGCAUAGUUACAGUACUUGUAGUUGAACAACUAAUUAACGACACUUUGAGUAGCUCCCCCAACAGUAUCAUGUCUGUAUCCCCUUGGUGUUAGAACCGAUAGCAGUCCAACAUGGCAUUGCUGGUCAAAAUAGAUGUAGUUCUAAACAGAAAAACAGGUCAGUGUCUUGUGAUUUAUCAUCUUAAAAUUGAUCAUGUAUUCAUGAUUCAUUUCAGUGGAUUGUUGUUCAAAUAGAACUGCCUCAUAAAAGGUGUUGUCAAGGAGGAAAAUAGAGGUUUGGAAAACCUCUGUCUGCAUUAUGAGGAAAGGUAGAGCACACCAAAUGCUUUCUGCCAGUGUUACAUAGAUACCCAGCAAUAGGGAAACGAUCAGACCGAAUGGUUAAAACGUCAAUCACAACGGAUUUAACACUCAUGAGAAGAGGAGCACUAACAACUGUAUCCAAAGCUUUCUAGUUUGUCAGUAACCUUUCAUCUACAUUAUCCCAACAUAAGCUGCCCGUGGUAGACUCUGCCUCACUGAGUGUAGUUCUGCAUAAUGUGUCAGGCUUAAUCAAGAUGAUCAAAUAAUCCUUGUUUACUGAUUGAAUGAGUGCGAAUGGUGGUGCCAUAUGAAUGUGUGUCUCGCUUGACCUUUUUUGAUACACUGUAGCCCAACUAAACCCAUAUGUGUAUAUAUAUUUCCUGUAUAUGUACUUAGAAUCUCCUUGUUGUCAGUGAUGCUGUCAUCCUUUGUCUUAGAAUAUGUACACGUCAUCAGGUUCAUCUUCAAAGGACAGAAUUUUUAUUUUGUUGUCUAAUAUAUGGAAUUUCUUUGUUACAGUUGGGGUCUCUUUUUGUUCCUCUGUAGAAAGCUUGCUACCUUACCUUGAUGCCAUUAUAAUUCAUUGUGUUUAUUUUUGUAGUUUUAAUAAAGUUAACCUUUUCAAAUAAAGCCAGGAAGAAUGUUUUGUCAUUAAAACACACACACUGAAGAAACAACACAUGUAGAGGACAAAGGGUGAGUUAGGAAAGAGCGUUUGUGUUUAUAGAAAUGUUACAAUAAUUUCAUAACUUAGUGCACUUCAAUUCAAAGUUUACACUACAGUGCCUUGCACUAGUAUUUAUCCCCCUUGGUGUUUUUCCUAUCUUGUUGCAUUACAACCUGUAAUUGAAAUGGAUGUCAUGUAAUGGACACACAAAAUAGUCCAAAUUGGUGAAGUGAAAUUUAAAAAAUAACUUGCUUAAAAAAAUGUAAAGAAAUUAAGUGGUGUGUUCAUAUGUAUUCACCCCCUUUGUUAUGAAGCCCCUAAAUAACAUCAACACCACGAAGACCAAGGUCAGGGAAAAGUUGGAGAAGUACAGAUCAGGGUUGAAUUAUAUAAAAAUAUCCAAAACUUUAAGACAUCCCACAGAGCACCAUUUAAAUCCAUUGUAAAAAAAUUGAAAGAAUAUGGCACCAAAACUCACAGACCAGGUAAGGAGGGUAUUAAUCAGAAAGGUAACAAGAGAGCAAAGAUAACCCUGAAGGAGCUGCAAAGCCCCACAGUGGAGAUUGGAGUAUCUGUUUAUAUGACCACUUUAAGCCGUACACUCCACAGAGCUGGGCUUUAUGGAAGAGUGGCCAGAAAAAAGACAUUUCUUAAAGAAACAAAAAUAAGCAAACAUGUUAGGUGUUCAUCAAAAGGCAUGUGGGAAACUCCCCAAACAUAUGGAAGAAGGUUCUCUGGUCAGAUGAGACUAAAAUUGUCCAUCAAGGAAAACACUGUCUGGUGCAAACCCAACACCUCUCAUCACCCAGAGAACACCAUGUUUUUCCAUCAGCAGGGACUGGGAAACUGGUCAGAAUUGAAGGAAUGAUGGAUGGUGCUAAACACAGGGAAAUUCUUGAGGGGAAACCUGUUUCAGUGUUCCAGAGAUUUGAGACUGGGACAAUGACCCUAAGCAUACUGCUAAAGCAACAUUUAAAUGUCUUGGAAUGGCCUAGUCAAAGCCCAGACCUCAAUCCAAUUGAGAAUAUGUGGUAUGACUUAAAGAUUGCUGUACACCAGCGGAACCCAUCCAACUUGAAGGAGCUGGGGCAGUUUUGCCUUGAAGAAUGGGCAAAAAUCCCAGUGGCUAGAUGUGCCAAGCUUAUAGAGACAUAUCCCAAGAGACUUGCAGCUGUAAUUGCUGCAAAAGGUGGCUCUACAAACUACUGACUUUGGGGGGGUGAAUAGUUAUGCACGCUCAAGUUCAGUUGUCUUAUUUCACAAUAAAAAAAAAUUGCAUCUUCAAAGUGGUAGUCAUGUGUAAACCCCCCCCCAAAAUCUAUUUAAAUUCCAGAUUUUAAGGCAACAAAAUAGGAAAAAUGUCAAGGGGGGUGAAUACUUUCGCAAGCCACUGUACAUGGAAGGCCAGGCAUUAUCUUGGCAAGUCAACAAAGCAUAGACGGAAAUACAAGCACAGAAAUCAUAUUUAACUAAGAGCAGCUACAGGACAGAAAAAGGUUAAAAGUCACAAAUCAUUGACAUUAUGACAUAAUAUACAGGUGUGUGCAUAAGUGAAAGCAGUAGUAUUGUUUUGGUGAAAUUGGUUUUCAUUAAUAUCUUUAGAACAUAGCCUGCCUCUAUAGGUUGUCACAAUGUUUAACGUGGGGUGAAAGUUUAGCCUUUAGGUUCAGAGAAAAAUGGGAAUCUUUCAACUUAGUCAGGCACUUGACGGUAACAAAAUGCAUAGACAGCCAGAGAGCAUGUAAGCUUUGGGGAAUUACAAUCAGCUACAGAGAAGUAGCUUCUAGAAUCCUGAGUGGUGGUAUAGAACACAGAAGGAUUCUAUUUCUAUGGUAUAGAACCAGUCCCUAACAAACCUUAUACUACAGCAGGGAUGUGAUCAGCACCACAUAGAAAAUCUGGAAAAAUAAGACCAAUAAGACCUAAUGACAAGAUUACGAUACAAAAGGAUAGCUCCUGAUUAAUCAACACAUCUGAUUAAAAUGUAUAUCGUCUACUCCAGUCUAUAGAAGGUGCCUGUCUACCCCACUGGACCAUACAUGAAACUCCACUAUAGUAGUGUCUGUAGCCUGGUCCCAGGUCUGGUUGUGCUUUUGCCUGUUCCAUUGACAUUGUUAAGGGAAAAAUGUUUGGCUUGACAAUUCGAUAAGGAGUUGACAAGAGAGCAGAAACAGACUGGCACCCCGGCUAGUUUCGCCAUUCCCCUCUCCUACACACAACUUCACCUCAAACAGCACAUCCACGUGACUGACAGUACACCGGACCUAGAUAAAGAGACCUCGGAGGUUAGUCUUCAGCAGGAAAACCCCAGUCCGCUCGCUCCCUCCCUCCUCCCACCCACUUACUUCCUUCCUUCCUUCCAAUCACUUCACAGAAAAUCUCCACCUUUAUACAGUUAUAGCACAGUAGAAGCUCUGAGCGAAGGCCUGUCUAAUAAGUCUAGGGUUUAGAAACACUGGAACUAAGCCAUAAUGGUGUACAUGACAAUCUGUCUGUUGGAUAAACAACACUUUAGUAACA